ACAGUCUCUACUGACCAAAAGUCGUCUGAGGGUCGCGAGACCAUCCGAGGUCAACUGAGCCCAUCAUGGCGACAGGCCAUGUGGCAAAACUUUGGCUGGUGGCUCUGCUGGUAGCAGUUGCGCUGUCUCCGACAGUCACCGCUGCCACGACAGCCGCUGCUGGCACGGAGACGACUGCCAAAACUGACGCUGCAGAUGACAGCAUGGCAGCCGAUGGCGCCGUGGAGAAAACCACCGCGGCGCCUCAGGUCGACCCAGCUCCUGAAGAUGGCCCCAUGGACGACCAAGACGAGGACGAAGACGACCCUCCCACCGGCGUCGGAGCCGCAGCUGAUGCCGGAGCCUCCGUGGGAGAUGAUGUCGAAGAAUCCGUUGAAGAGGACGAUGAAGAGGAAGAAGAGAAGGCGGGGACGGGGAAGCGGUCGGUGCAGGACACGCUGAACAUCGUCAGGGGGAAAGCGAGCUCGACCUGGGAAGCCACGCAGAAGAAGCUGAAAGAUAUGUUUGAGGAAAACAAGGAGAAAUUCAAGAACACCGUAGCUGGAUGGCCAGAUAAAGUCAAGAAUAAGUUCAGCAAACUACCUGAGGAUGUCAAAACUAAAAUUUUCGGCGGAAACGUAAAAGGUCUCACUAAAGAAGAGAUCAGCCAGCUCAACAAGGGUCAGCUCCGGAUGCUGAUGCCU